AUGGAUGGCUCUACUGCGUCCUUUUCCUUCAAGGCUGGUUACGAGCAUACCUCCCAGCCAGAAGACGAUCCAGCGGGUAGUAGUUCAAAAGGUCCAAAACGGAAGCGGCUGGCUAAGGCUUGCUCUGCAUGCCACAAAUCGAAACGAAGAUGCGACGGAAAGCUGCCAUGCUCAAACUGCUUCUAUGCAUCCAAAGAAUGUCUAUACGUCGAUGGAAACAGUCGUGCAAGUCUCUAUUCUGACAUUGGCAAGCAACAAGACGCGUCAAAGCCCACUCGCAAUAUUGUGUCACGUCCCAAGACCGACCAAAGCCCAAAUCGAAAGCGAGUGAAACAAGAGGACAAUCGAGUUAUUCUCGACCAUAGUCUCACUCGUGAACUAACAAGUCUGUUCUUCGCCCACUGCCACCCAGUCCGUGCUGUCUUCCAUAAACCUACCUUUGCGAUUUCCCUCGCCCAUAAUCGUGUCCCUUCGUUUCUGGUUUUUGCCAUAUGUGCUUUGGCUGCCCCGCUUUCCCGUCAGCCAAAGUUCCGAUCUACUGGCCCCCCGCGUUUCUCGGGGAGACCAUUUGCCCAAGAAGCCAUAUCCCAAAUGUUUGACGGUUCUGGCCAGCUCAUUUGUGAUCUUAGCCUCUCAACUGCACAGGCCUUGUGUCUACUUAUGGCUCAUCACAUUACUUCGAAAAGCGCUGCUGCUCCCCCAGACCCUCGUUAUCGUGACCUGACGCUACAUGUAAUCCAAGCCAUGGGAGUCUACAACAUAGAGCCUGCCGUGGCCUCUGUUGAUUCCUCCAUUGAGCGAGAAUGUGCGCGGCGCGUGUUUUGGGUUAUGUAUGCCAUGGAACUCACUUGCUCCAUCUGCCCUGGCACCCAGCGACCCGUGUCGCUCAGUGAUUCUCAGCUUCGCCUCCGCCUGCCAGUCGACGAAACUAGUUUCGAGCUUGCUGUCCACUACCCUUCUCCAGAGUAUCUUCAUGUUCGCGUCCAAUGUCUUUCUGAACUCGGCAACUUCGUUCGCAUCUUGUCCCUCUACUCCCAAGCAGAGCUGAUCCUCUCUCGUUCUGACAUGGACUCAAGUAUCACAAUGGCUGACCUGGAGAGACAGGCAGAGGAAUGGAUGACCAAUCUUCCUGAAGUGCUGCAAUUCUCCGAAUCGAAUCUAGAGAUCCAGCGGUCGAUGUUUGAGACGGGUUCAAGCACUGGAGCCUGGUGUUUCUGCUUCAUGCAUGCUUGUUAUAUCGGACUCUCUUUGGCAUUGCGUGCUGGGAAGAACAACAUCCCAUCACAGUCUGUGCAACCUCACUGGGCCACCUCACGAUUGAAUCUUAUCAUGCAACUUCUAGGCGAGAAAGCAAGGAACAGCAUGCUGAUGGGUACGAUCAUCGGCAUACAGAUUAAAUAUUGUAACCGGGACGACGCUCAGAUACGAAGCUGGUGCAGUGACUAUGAAGAAGCCUGUGGCCUGCGAAUACUUGACAUCGUUUCUCCACUUGCUGGAGGCGGCGGGGCUCCUGGGGCAAGACGAUCUCUCGAGGGAUUACAGCUACGCAACAGUUGGCCAAGCUCCUCACCAGGCCCGUCAUCGGGUCCAGAGAGACAUGAACGACCAGGAGAAACCCUUCCCUCACUUAAAUCCAGCGGACUCCUUGAUUCAUGGAAUCCGGGAAAUGUCGCACUGCGCCCAGAAAAAGCCUCGCCUUUGAACAUGCCAGUUGGUUUACAAUGGCUGGCCGACGAAACGCGCACUGGAUAA